UCCCGAGACACGAGUCACCGACGCUCAUGCCUCCCGCUCACCUGGGAGUCGACGGUCCUCGUUCAGCGCUCAGUCGGUUCGAGUCGUGCACCACGAAACACAGAGCCAGGCCGGACAGCACUGCCCGUUAUCGGUCGCGCCCGAUGACAGCAAUAAUUUUCUCUCUCCCCGAAAAUCGGUAGUUUGAAAAAGAAAUGGAAUAAGAUCGGUAGUCGAGAUCGGCAUACUGAUCCGCGCGCCGGUCGUUCGUGGGCAGAAGUGUCGUUUGUGUUCAACGUGUACGUACAGUAUACAUACACGUGUAAUAAUAAUAGUUAUACUGCAGUGUGGUGCCGAUUACCGAUCACCGAUCGCCUAUUGUUAUGUCACAGUCCCACGCGCGAGUGCAGAUUAUGGGCGUUAUAACGAGGGAUUGACGUUGUUUCGCGUAAAAGUUGAAAUCGUUCACGAUUUUCCGAAAAAUUAAUCGACGAUCGUCACAGGUAGAGAUAUCAAUCAGCUAGGAGAAACUGAAAAAUAUUUCGAGUGCAGAUUGAACGUACGAAAAGAAAGAGAGAAAAAUUCCUAGUGGUGCGACGUGCAGGUGUGAGACUCGCGAUACCGAUUUUCAAGUGAUUCGACCGAGUUCGUUUCUGUGAAUGAAAUGAGAAAAUGAAAAUAUAAACCCCCGCGCGAUCAGGACGCAAUAUCGCAUUAGUCGCUAAUUAUAUCGUCGCGCGAUACCUAUGCGGAGAAUAAAAUAUAGUGCAGCUGGGAAAAAAACAGACAAUUUUUCCUAAAGUGUAUAAACUUGUGAAAUGGAUGGUACGUUAAACAAAAGUAAAGCAGUUUUAAUAUAUGGAUGCCCAUGGGUGGAAUUUGGCCGAAAUGUGCCAGCGUUACCAUCAGGCUGUUCCUGCCGUCCAAAAUUCUUCGACAGCUAGAGACGCCGCGGCCGCCAUUGUGGGCACACCCGUUUCGACGCACCUCGAGCAGGCCAGCCCUUCUUACUCGCAUUACACAAUGCUCGACAAUUACGACAGGAGCGAACUGACACCUCCGCCGGUCAGCAGCUACGGAGGAUCCCCGGGACUCUUGGCUCUCCAUUCCUCGCUCUACGCCACGCCGACAUCGAGGGCCUACGAAGUCGACGGCGGAAUCGACGUCAGCGAGAGCCCCAUGCCCGUCGACGCCCAAAUAAUACCGACCGGUGUACACCCAAAGUAUCGAGUUCGUGGUCAGGCCUCGACAAAUUUUCGACAAAUUGACGUGUACUUUUGAACAACUGACCACCGACGACGAGAGCUCUUCCCUCGCAGUUACGCGGUCGAAUCCUCGGAGAGUAUAAAAUCGUCUCUCACCG